UACACGCAGUUUUUAACCCACAAUCCCACACACACACAAGGGGCUCAUAGACAUGCAAAUAUGGAGAGAGAUGGUAGAGUGAUGGGCAGCCCUGGAGAAGCGCCCUGCGAGCAAUUGGUGAGUUUGGUGCCUUGCUCAAGGGCACCUCAGCAGUGCUACUGCUGCCCCCAGGAUUACUUCAUGUAGUAAUACUGCACAUUAGAAUGAGACCAUUUCCACAGGUACCAGACUGUAUGGGUACAUUGGAAUACUUGCGUUUGGUACACAGAAUCCGCUUUUGUAGGAGAAGCUGGCAAACAGGCAAAUUAAAAUAGCAGCACAAAACUAUAAAUACUCAAAAUACAGUGAAAAAAAAUAAAUAUUGUUUUUAAUUGUCAUUUGUCUGGUGAUUUUCUGUUUCUUCUUGUUUUGUGACCUGCUUGUUGUGUCAUAUCUCUUUGAGGCUAGUUUUCUGUGUCCAUGUGACCAUUUUGUGUCUCAAUUGACAUUUUGUGUGUCUGGGGUCCUUUUUUGUAUCUUUCUGGUCAUUUUGUGUAAUUCGUGUCAAUUGCCAUUUGUCGGCUGUUCUGUAUAGUUUACGUGUGUCUUUGAGGACAUAUAGUGUCUUUAUGGUCAUUGUCUGUGUCUAUAAAGCUUUAUUUGUGUCUGUGUCAUUUUCCAUCCCGUUGUCCUCACUGUUUGAUCAUUUGACAAAGUUGAGGUCAAUCCAUGCUCUUUCACUGACCUCGAAUAGUUUCUAACAAGAAACAUCGACGAUGGCUUCAUACAGAAGACAUAUUUCAACCAAAUUCUAUUAAACUUACAUAUUUAUAACAUAUCAGACAUUUGAAAUAAAUUUAAAAAACUCCGAUUUGACUGAUGACUUUCACUUGUUGACCCUCUGCGCUUGCCGUAGUCAGAGCGUGUCAUGGCGACUUUGAUCAGAUCAAAACUUUUAGCGUCCCAAACUUUUUGACCUGAUGUGUUCCCCGCGGUCCUGACAGCUGCACCCUGCUCCCUCCGGCCUGUGUCCAGUGAAGCGGAUGAAACGAUGACAGAGCUGCGGUCUUCAGGAUGUCACUGUUGAAGAUGCUCCGCUGAUAGCUAGCUGUAGCUAAGCUAGCCACGCAGCAGCUCAACUUGUUGCGGAAGUCAGUCGCGGGGUUUGUAAUGUCUCCCCGGGCUGUGAACAGACUAUAGCCCGCCAAAGUGCCGGUUUAUUUCGGUCUUAAAUAUCAGAAUGUCUCGAUUCCUACGCUAUUGUGUCAGCCACUGCCUCCACACAACCAUGGCCCGACUGGGGGAGGUUAGCAUGUGGUCGCCGGUGCAGUGGCUCGGGUACCUGCCCAGGCUCACCCUGCUGCUCGCCCUGUGCCUGGGGAUGUACGCCCGCUGGGAGAGGACCGCGGACUCCACGUUCCUCGUCAUCUUCGUGCUGGCUCUGGUCGUCCCGGGGGUGGCCAGCAUACUGUACUUCUACUUCAGCACGGAGCGGGUGAGCCGCAGCAUCCUCUACCUGUGUUUCGGCUUCCUGCUGGGGCAGCUGUGCCUCCUCAACAGCCCGGCUCCGCAGGGCGACGUGAAGGAGCAGGCGGCCGACUACCUGCUGCUGGCCAGCGUGGUUCUGAGGACGCUGUGUGCGCUGCUGGAGAGGCUGCUGGGGUGCGCCCGGUACCGACCCGCCUUCCUCACCUCGGCGGAGCUGCUGGAGCUGGUGGGCUUCGCCGCCGCCAGCACCGCGCUGCUCCCCCGGGAGUCCCUGAGCGUGAUGGUGCUGGUCGUGGCGCUGGCCGCCGUCAUAAUCGCCCUCCGGAUGAAAGCGCUGCUGGCUCUCUUAAACCUGGGGUUCUUCUCCGCCGUCACCGCGGUGUGGUUCUUUAAGUCGCUGGAAGUCACCACCAACCCGUUCGCCCUCGCCUGCUUCUUCAGCCAGCUCAUCUGCGACCCCCUGCUGGAUGUCUACUUCAGCGGCCUCUCCGUGACCGAGCGCUGGCAGCCCUUCCUGCUGUGGAGGGGGCUGUGGCGGCGGCUGUCCCUGCUGCCUCUUCUGGCGGUGGAGGUGACCUUCAUCGUCCUGGCCGGCCGGAAGCUCACGGACCGGGACCGGUGGUACUUCAUGAUCCCAGGAUUUGUGGUGUGUCUGAUCUUCUGGUGCAUCUCCCACCUGGUGUUUGUCAUCACUGUGUGGGGCUUCAACACCAAGCUCAGUGAGUGCCAGAGGCUGGGCCUGUCCCAGGGGUCAGGGGUCAGCAGACUGGACAAGAUCAUGGCCUCCAGGGGCAUGAGACACUUCUGCCUCAUCUCUGAGCGCCUGGUGAGCCUGGCCCUGGUCGCUACUGCUGCUGUUGCUGCUCUUUGUUGGCAGGCCUCCAGCAGCCUCUUCUUGAGCGUGGUUCUGCUGGUCUUUCCUCUCGAGUCUCUGUUCCAUGGGCUUUUCUAUGAGCUGGGGAGCUGCCUGGGAGGAACCUGUGUGGGCUACGCGCUGGUCAUUCCCACCAACUACUGCAGCCCCGACGGUCAGCCCAUGCUGCUGCCUCCGGACCAGGUGCAAGAUCUGAACAGGCGCUCCACAGGCAUGUUGAACAGCGUGCAGCGCUUCUUCGCCCACCACCUGAUCGAGACUUUCGGCUGUGACUAUUCCACCAGCGGCGUGACUCUCGAGGCCCUGCAGGUCAAGAUCAAAUCCUUCUUGGACCUCCGCACGGAAGACGGGCCACGCCACGACACCUACGUGAUCUACUACAGCGGUCAUACCCACAGAAGUGGAGAGUGGGCGCUGGCAGGAGGAGACACUCUUCGCUUGGAGCACAUCUUGGAGUGGUGGCGGGAGAAGAACAGCAGAUUCUGCUCGCGCCUCAUUCUGGUGCUGGACUGUGACAACUCGUUGCAAUGGGUGAAGGGGAUCCAGAAGGUGGAGGGCCCGUACAUAGCGGUGCAGGGAGCGACGCUCGCCAGGGUGCCAGAUGUGGAGCUGCAGGACACACCGCAGCUAGGAGACUUUACCUCUCAGUGGGUGGAGUAUAACUGCAACUCGAACAGCAACAUCCAGUGGUCUGGGAGUGGCAGGGUGGUCUCUGCCAUAUACGGAAUCUCCAAACACUGGAGUGACUACAAGCUGCACCUGCCAACCGGAAACGACGUCACCAACCACUUGAGCAUGUACUAUCCCGAGAUGACGCACCCGGUGGUGCAGUUGGUUAUGGGGUGCGACAGAAUGAAUGAGGUGUCGAUCUGCGGCACCUGCCUGCAAUGCUUCAAGAGGCUCAAACUCAACUGGUUCCCACCAGCGAUACUGGACACAGGUCUAGGCUUCAAACUGGUCCGAUCUUAGAAACACAAACAGGGAAUUUUUAUUUCUAGAAUUCACACAACAUUUUUCUAAAACACGUAAAAAAAAACAUAUCCCUAACCAGUAUUGUUUUUUGUUACAGCUAAACUAAUCACAGUUACUGAUUCAUUGAUUUCAAAGGUUUGUCUCUUUAGUACCAGUUUUCUACUCUUUGCAGAUUAUUUUAUAGAUGUGUUUUUUUAGCUUUGAGAUCCCAGUUCAUUUUGAGACUGAGCACAUUUACAAAUAUGCACAUUAUUGCCUUGUAUUUCCUAUUAUGGAUUCUUGUGCACAUUCGCAAGGUGCCAUUUACCACAGAAGCACCAAAGAACAUCAAACUCUAAAACCGUAAACCAAAGAGGCUGUGGUACAUGUUCAGACGACGAUCUCAGGCGUAAAGGAAAGUCUAAGCGGUCUGUUUCUAGAGCUUAAAAUCGUAUAUUUUGGUAGUGAAAUGAUUUUUAAUUACACUCCGGUGUUCUAUGCACUGCUUUGCUAAUGCUUGAUAUCCACUCUAGCUGCUCCAGGGAGUCCAGAGAGUAUUUUAUCUGUACUGAUUAAUCCAGUACUGAAGUAAUGUGUGAGAAUGACAGUAGUUACAUCUGCGUUAACCCCAGAAUGGGUUCACUGCAGUGCACUGGGCUUGUUGAGGGAUUAGCUGAAGGACAGUGACUGAAGAAUGGAUGAAACUAUGCAAUUAAAGACAAGUGGGACACUGCUCCACUUGUUCAUUUAAUAGGCCUCUAUAAAACACUUUGCCUUAAACUAAGUGAAGCAGGUUAAUUCAUGUGUUACAUAGAGGUAAACAACAUAAAUCCAAUCUUCCAUUCACAACUAAAAUGCUCUGCACUAGGGAAACACUUUAUGGGGCUGGGUAUUUCUUAAAAACUUUCUUAAAAGUCGCCUGAAAAUAAAUAAUGUAAAAUUAUGAUUGUUGUAUUGAAACUGCACAUGUAAUGUAAAGUUUGGCUGGGUUCUAACAUCUUUGCUGAAUUUCUGGAAUGAAGUGCUCCUUUUAAACCGCCUGUCAUUCCUUUUAAAGAACAAAGAAACUAAA